AUGUCCUGCUACGACCUGUACCCCUCCUCUGCCUGCGGCGUCCUCCGGCCCCAGCCCCUGGCUGACACCGGGAACGAGCCCUGCGUGCGCCAGUGCCCCGACUCCACCGCCGUGAUCCAGCCUCCCGCCGUGGUGGUCACCUUCCCCGGGCCCAUCCUCAGCUCCUUCCCGCAGGAUUCCGUGGUGGGAUCUGCUGGAGCGCCGUUCCUUGGAGCCUCUGGGGCCUCCCUGGGCUAUGGGGGCUACGGCUCCCUGGGCUAUGGGGGUUAUGGAUAUGGGGGCUAUGGGGGUCACGGAUCCCUGGGCUAUGGGGGUUAUGGAUUUGGGGGAUAUGGGGGUCUCUGUGGAUAUGGGGGCUAUGGAUCCCUUGGCUAUGGGGGUCUGUGGGGUUAUGGGGGGUACCGGGGUCUGUAUGGCUCUGGCAGAGCCUUUGGCUCCGGGCGCUACGGCCGCAGCUUCUGGGGCUCCUGCUAA